AUGGCGACUACUGCGUCAAGUCGACAGCAUGUCGAUCAAGAGCACGAGUACCUGCGAACACAAGUGGACCCACUGCUGAUGCCGCUGAUUGAAGCGCUCUUGCUACAUCAGCCCUCUUCCAUCUACGAAUUCAUCGCCAAAUUCCUCGAUGGCGCAGCGCUUGGAAAAAUGAAGCACGUUGGCGACGCCACGGCCAAGUCAGCCAAGGCACGCCGGCAUCGAAUGGUCGAGUUCAUGUCGUCGUCAGUACUGCCUGUCAUGGACGAUCUCACCCAACGCAUCUUGCAGGACAAACCAGCCAAUGCCAAAGCCUUCCUCCGAAACAUUGUACAGUCAAGGCUAUUGACCAACGAGGGUGAGCCGUGUCUCGCGGCUUUCGAUCUUGUCAUGCCGCAGUUCCACGUGGGCGAUCGAGUCGACUGUCGGUUCAAAGGUCGACCCAAGUACCUCCCUGGCGUCGUCGAAAACAUCGAUGAAGGUGGGCUGUGUACCAUUCGUUACGACAAUGGAAAGGUCGAAGAGCACAUUCAUCCGAUCUUGCUCCGUCUACCACUGGAGCAACCCGAGGCAGAAGAAGCGAUCGAGGCGUCUAAGACACCUCGCCGGGAUAUCAAACCUGUAAUUUUGAUGCUGGGGCUGGACGGGUCUGGCAAAUCGACGUUUUUGUCGACGCUACAGGGCGACCUAGACAAGGAAAUUCCCCCGACCGCAGGGUUUUCAUCGGUCACGUUUCAGCUUGCCAAUGGAUCGGCCACGUUCUACGACUUGGGCGGCGGUCCGACGAUUCGAGCGCUGUGGAAGGAGUACUUUGCUGACGCGCAUGGUGUGAUCUACAUGGUCGACGCGUCGGAUGUGGGCCGGAUACAAGAAGCUUCCCAGCACCUAGAGGACGCAAUGGCCCAUCCAAUGCUCCACGGAAAGCCCGUGCUCAUCUUUGCCAACAAGAUGGACCAAGCUACUGCAUUGACCGAGUCAGACUUCUCCAAACACAUGCACGUUGCGCCGUUGUUGGACAAGAAGGUGGUGCAAGUCACCGCCAAAGCCAAAGCGAACGGCAACUUGGUCGACGAUCGACUCGAGGGCGGCCUUCGUUGGAUCUUGAGUCGAGUUGAAGACAAGUACGAUGCACUCGGGGAGCGAGUCACGGCCGACCGAGCCACGAUGAAAAAGGAAGCGGCAGCGGCAUGGCAAGCGCAAAAAGAACGUGUAUGGGCGUACAAGGAGGAGCGGGAACGGUCCUCAAUGCUGUUAGAAGACUCGUCCGCGAACCAAACCGCUUUCGCCCCGGCCAAACCACUCGUCAAACAACAAUCGUCCGAUGUGCCCAUGUGCUCGUCGUGCGAUGCCCAGCCUGCUGUGACCAAAUGCGCCGCGUCUAAAUGGAUGCCCGUGUGUGGCGACUGCGCCGAUCGUCUCAAGAAGAAAUAG